GAAGCUAUUGAGUCUUUCAAAGAAGCCUUGAAACAGAAAGCUGGUUUUAUUGAUGCGUAUAAAAGUCUUGGUCAAGCCUACAGAGAACUGGGCAACUUUGAAGCAGCCACUGAGAGCUUUCAAAGGGCCCUGCUGCUCAAUCAGAAUCAUGUACAGACCUUACAGCUCCGAGGGAUGAUGCUUUAUCACCAUGGCAGCUUACAGGAAGCCCUAAAGAAUUUCAAGCGGUGCCUACAACUCGAGCCAUACAACGAAGUGUGCCAGUAUAUGAAAGGACUCAGUCAUGUGGCAAUGGGGCACUUCUAUGAAGGAAUAAAAGCACAAACUGAAGUCAUGCUAAAUGACCCUCUCCCAGGCCAAAAGGCUAGUCCAGAGUAUCUGAAAGUGAAAUACCUCCGAGAGUACUCUCGAUACCUUCACGCACACCUCGAUACUCCACUUACAGAGUAUAAUAUUGAUGUGGAUUUGCCUGGAAGCUUCAAAGAUCACUGGGCUAAAAAUUUGCCCUUUCUCAUAGAGGAUUAUGAAGAGCAACCAGGUGUACAGCCCCCUAUCAAGGAAGUGAUCAAACUGAAAGAUGUGUUGCCUCAGAAUACUGAGAGCUACACGCCUAAUGUACAGGAGCUGAUUUGUGUAGCAGAUCAUUUGGGGUCUCUAAUGCAAUAUGAAACACCUGGUUUCCUGCCAAAUAAGAGAAUACAUAGAGCAAUGGGUUUGGCUGCUUUAGAAGUCAUGCAAGCUGUGCAAAGGACAUGGGCCAACUCUAAAGUGCGAAUGAAUGGAAAAACUCGACUGAUGCAGUGGAGAGAUAUGUUUGAUAUUGCAGUAAAAUGGUGAAGGAUUGCUGAUCCAGACCAGCCUGUAUUAUGGUUAGAUCAAAUGCCAGCUCGAAGUCUUAGUAGGGGCUUUAAUAACCACAUCAAUCUAAUCAGGGGUCAAGUGAUUAACAUGAGAUACCUGGAAUAUUUUGAGAAAAUACUUCAUUUUAUCAAAGACAGGAUUCUUGUGUAUCAUGGGUAAUCCUUUUCUUUUCUCUUCUAUAUUACUGAUUUGUUUCCAUUAUAGCUUAUAUUUGUAGUCAAAUUUCCCUUGAGAAAAAAUGACAUAUACUGUUAGGCCAAGUAGGGUUAUUAGUCAUAUUUGUAAAGUCUUUUUCAUUAUCCCUCCCUCACAAUAGCUUUGCAGGAUUUAGUAAAAAUUUCCCUGCUACUUCAUGUAACUCUGCGAAAUGUUAAUCUUUAGGCUCUAUUCUUUAAUUAACUUCUAGAAAGCAGUGUGAUCUCUCUAACCUUGUUCUCCUAUAAGAGCAGCAUUUUCUUUGAAUCUGUACUGUACCCUGGAGAUUUAAGCCAUAGUCUUCUAUGCCUUUAAAUUCCUUUCCUUCCUCUCUUCCUUUCUUCCUUCCUUCCUCCCUUCUUUUUCUUCCUUCCUCCCU